AUGGCGGCAGUGGAUAGCAAGAUCGCCGGGCAUCAAUCGGAAGACAUCGAGUCGGGGCAUCAAAGGCGAUCCGAAGACGAUGUCGCCAUCCAUACGGACACCUUUGCGGUCAAGAAAGAAGCUCUGGGAAAUGACCUCCCGCCUCGGUACUGGCUCAGUCCGGGUUUCAUAGGCACAGUUGCGGCACUCUGCUUUGGGAAUAUCAGUAACUAUGCCAGCUGGGUGCAACCAUCGAACUCCUUGACUGUGAUCAAUGCGGACAUUGGACCUUCUGCGAACAUAUCCUGGGUGGCGCUGGCUUAUACCCUAGGAUUGGCUGUUGGUUUCCUCCUCGUAGGUCGGUUGAGUGAUAUCUUUGGCCGUCGCUGGUUCUUCAUCGGCGGCAACUUCCUGGCCUUGCUGUGCGGAAUACUGGGUGCAGUUGCUCAGGACAUCAACACACUCAUCGGAGGAAAUGUCCUCGGAGGCCUGGCAGGCGCGGUCCAAAUCUCAUUCACGGUGGCAAUAUCGGAGCUUGUCCCCAACAAGCAUCGUCCACUCUGGGUGGCAGGCAUCUUCUUUUCCAGUAUUGAGUUUGCAGCAUUUGGUCCAGAGAUAGCCCAGUUACUUGUUGCAAAUACAGCAGCUGGUUGGAGAUGGAACUACUACAUCAACAUCAUCGUAGCAGGCAUGGCGGUUGUGCUCUUCUUCUUAUUCUAUCAUCCGCCGACGUUUCACCUGCUCCAUUCGAAUCGUUCCAGAUUGGAGCAACUCAAGCGGCAGGAUGGUGUUGGAUUCAUCUUGUUCACCGGCGGCCUAAUCCUCUUCAUCAUGGGACUCAGCUGGGGCCAGGUCGUGUAUCCCUGGAACUCAGCUCAUGUCAUUGCCACAAUCGUUGUGGGAUUCCUGGCUCUGGUCGGGUUUGUCCUGUGGGAUGCUUUUGGCCAUCGAGGAGAUCCACUCUUGCCGCUACAUCUGUUCAAGACCCGAGGGUAUCUGGCCAUGGUGAUCACCGCGAUGGUGGGCUCUUGCGUGUACUACAGCAUGAACGUAAUCUGGCCGCAGCAGAUUGCCUAUCUGUUUGGAGGAUCGCCGGCUCAUCGAGGAUGGCUUGCUUGUGUGGUCGGUGGUGCAACGCUGGCCGGACAGGUCAUUGGCGCUGCGAUGUGCCAGUACAUCAGGAAGUCACGGUACAUACUGAUCGGCAGCUGUAUCUCCUUGCUUGUAUUCUCUGCCGCCAUGGUCAGCAUCGGUCCAGGGCAGGAAUCGAAAGGUGUAGGCCUAAUGUUCAUGGCUUGCUUCAGCGUUGGCGUGAUCGAGGCAUGCAGCUUGUCGUUGGCCCCUCUCGCUCUGCCCUCUGAAGAUAUCGGUGCCGCUCUUGGGGCUCUGGGAAGCAUUCGUUCCGGAGGGGCUUCUGUUGCUACUGCAAUAUGUACAACCAUCUUGAACAACAAGCUCGCCAACUACUUGCCUGAAUACGUAACGCCAGCCGCCACCGGCGCUGGACUGCCACAAUCUUCUCUGCCGGCUUUGUUCACAGCGAUAACUGCUGGAGAUCUGACCACGGUCCCAGGAAUCACGCCGCGCAUCACUGCAGCCGUGGGCGUUGCUAGUGCUCAAGCAGCCGCCUUAUCGUUCAAGUAUGUGUGGUAUGCUGUAUGUGCAUUUGCCGCAUGUGCAGUAAUUGCUUCAUGCUUGACGAUCAACUACGGCGAGUACUUGAACGAUACCGUGGAGAGGAAGUUGCAUGGCAAGACCGUCGAAGUGGUUGCUCAUGAUCGACAUCGGUCCAAUGACAAGGCUUGA